AUGAGCAGAGCCGACGAGGCAAGCGGCAGCGACUUUGCCUCGUCUUCGGACGAAGAGGGGCAGCAAGUCAGAGCGACUCGUAGAGCGUUCGUUGUGUGCGAGGUGUUCCCAACCCUUGAAGAGGCGCAGAUUGGCAUCGACGUCUUAGACGGGUUCCACUACAAGUACAAACACAACUACGGCAAUGCUGGCAACGGUGGAAGGCGAAGCCCGGACGAAAGCGGAGCUCAGUUUGUUUUGGAGGAGACAGACAUGCAUGGAGACGAAGAUCAAGACAUUCAGCGCCGUGGAAUUCACGGUGCGCUGAAGCGAGAGAUCGACAGCAUCCUGUUCGGCGGCGCUGGACCAAAGAAGUGCCGGAAGCUGCUGCUAGAUCGUCACGGAGACAACCCAGUCAUGCUUCAGCAUUUACCCACGGAAAGUCAGCUCAAGAACCGAAAAGCUGGACUCCGGAAGAAACAGUCAGGUGGGUGGGAGAUUCACAACUUCGCAACUCUACUAGAGUGGGCGUACACACAUUUGUGUACAUCGAAGAGUGACUUCUUUGGUCACGAAGACGACAUCAGCGCUGCGGACGCCGCAACGCAGUUUGCCAACAAGUCCCGCCAGUUUCAGCACGGUGUGAUCGUUCUUGAGUGCUUUGAACACGACUUCAUUGACCAGGAUGGCAAGGCAGUAAAGUCUUUCGGGCUCAUAUUGACUUCGCGUCACAUGCUCCUGAACAUUCCCAAGGCCUACGAAUGCCAGCAGGAUAUUGGUGUCUUGGGUGCUACGGAUGGAACAUAUAAACUGCAUUUCGGUGGAUGGACCCUCGUAGACUUUGGGACCUACACGACGCACUAUUCGCGAAAACAGUACUCCAAAACAUUUGUCCCUUGGAUGUAUAUGUUUGUCAAGACAGAGCAUCAGACGGCGUACGCAACGCUUUUUCGGACUGCCAAGCACUUUGCCCGACUGUUUUUCGGAGUCGAUUUAGCCCUUGCCUAUGGCAGCCUCGAUAGGACCCAAGGCAUUGCGAACGCUUUUAAGGAGGUUUGGCCUGAUGUAAUUCUCCUUAAUUGCUACCCGCACCUCGUGCGGAAAAGUCGAGAGAAGAUCAAGCUACUCAAGGACCCUGCGUUCUACGAAGACAACGUGCUACCGGACAUUCGCUAUCUCAGUAAAGCUCGCUCGGCCAAGCAGUUCAAGGCGCUCAGUAAACUCUUUCUCGAGUUUUGGAUCCAACAAAACGAGCGAGACUACGCCAAGUGGUUCGAGGACAUUUACUUGGGUGACACGUGGGGGAACUGGUUCUACGUCGCCGCCGCCGCAGGCAUUACACCGUCCCAGAAUGCCCUUGAGGCUCAUCACCGCGUGAUCAAGAAGGUGUGUGUCGGGACGCUUCGGGCAAGUACAUCGGUCGUCUUGAACGACUCAAUUCCUAGUAUUCUUGGUCUCCAAGAAAGCGAGCCGGCUCGCCCUGCUCUAAGCCACUUCUCGGAAGGUCCGUUCAUGAGUGGUGUAGUAGCGCGCGCGCAAACGCUUGUCCAAGAGAAGUCUAAUCACUACAUGAUCAAGGACACGGGCGAAUUCGUGGUAUCGCCCAAGAACAUUCACAGUGCUGUUUUGAACCGCGACCGUGCCACAAUCUACAGGAACUCCAUCAACGGCAAACUACCGCCAGGGAUGACUCGCAAGCGCGUGGGUCCGCCCACAGAAGGCGGAGACAACACUCACCGAUUCUCCGUCGACGUGCUGAUUCGAGAGUUCUUGAAGUACCCUGCCAGACCCCUACAUUGGAACCUCAUGAAGGAAUCCAAAAUUCCCGAUGACUCCGGUAGUGAGGUGGAGCAGUUUCUGUUGGGAAAGGGGAUCUCGUGGGGGGAGACCAACGACGUCUUCUUCUGGAUGACGAAGUUUUCCAACGGUGCGCAAGUCAAGCUGGAGUGCCAAGAGUUAGCCGAGUGUCUUACCAGGGCCUACACCCACGGUGCAGAUGUUGCUGGAGCCGUGGCCUAUUAA